UGCGUCGCCGUUCUGCGCCGCCAUGGCUGAUGUGGAGGACGGCGAGGAACCCUGCGUCCUUUCUUCGCACUCCGGGAGCGCAGGUUCCAAGUCGGGAGGCGACAAGAUGUUCUCCCUCAAGAAGUGGAACGCGGUAGCCAUGUGGAGCUGGGACGUUGAGUGCGAUACCUGUGCCAUCUGCAGGGUCCAGGCGAUGGAUGCCUGUCUUCGAUGUCAAGCUGAAAACAAGCAAGAGGACUGUGUCAUGGUCUGGGGAGAGUGUAACCAUUCCUUCCAUAACUGCUGCAUGUCCCUGUGGGUGAAACAGAACAAUCGCUGCCCUCUGUGCCAGCAGGACUGGGUGGUCCAAAGAAUCGGCAAAUGAGAAUUGGCCCAGGUGUUCCUGGUGUGGUUGCUGACCCUGGACAACCUUGCCAUCGAGUUACUGGACAAAGACUAAACACUUCAGGGGAUUCAUCCUUGAGAGAGAGAGGAUGCUGUGUGCCUUUGAGACUCACCAAAGGCAUGCUUUAUUAAUUUGUCUGUUUAGUUUUGGGAAAUUCUCUACAGUUAAGAUAAUUUGUUAAAAAUGGCCUUUCCUACCUCUGUGGUGUAUGUGUGAUACGUAUGCAUAGAAGAGCCAGAACACCAGAAAAUGAUCUUUGUUUAUCUGUCAGUACCCAAGACUGUGGGAACAUUGUGUUUACAGAAGAACAUUGUUUGUGUUUAUGUUGAGGGUUAAAAAAUAGAUAAAAGAAUGUUACAGUAACAAAUAAAAUGUAUUGAAAAGCUGACUCAUCCUAAUCUUUUUUGUGUUGGGAGAGAGGCAAGCGAGGCAACCCGAGCUGUCUUCAUUUGCUGUGAAUGAGUAUUUUAACCUGCACUCAGUGAAGAGGGUAAAUACGGUGUAACUGUCAGGUAAACAGCUUUGUCUCCUGACUUCUCCAUCUUUGACUUGGCCAGGAAGCCUGGACUGUUCAACCACUUAGUUCUAAAGAACUGUUUUCUGUUUUUGUGAAGGUUGUAUUGUAUGUUCUAGUCAAAAUAUUAGUAGGAAAAUGCUUACUAGUAUAACACUGAAGUUCAUUAUGCAAUGUUUUAAUAAAUAAAAUAUUGUGCUUUGAGUUAUUAAAGUUUGAUAUAUACUCUUAAA